AUGAGGCUGGAGAAUCAGAGCAGCGUGUCCGAGUUCUUCCUCCUGGGACUCCCCAUCCGUCCAGAGCAGCAGGGUGUGUUCUUCACCCUGUUCCUGGGAAUGUAUCUGACCACGGUGCUGGGGAACCUGCUCAUCAUCCUGCUCAUCAGGCUGGACUCUCGCCUCCACACGCCCAUGUACUACUUCCUCAGCCACUUGGCCUUCACGGAUGUAUCUUUCUCAUCUGUCACUGUCCCUAAGAUGUUGAUAAACAUGCAUACCCAGGAUCAAUCCAUCCUCUAUGCAGGGUGUGUAACACAGAUGUAUUUUUUCAUAUUUUUUACUGAUCUGGACAAUUUCCUUCUCACCUCAAUGGCGUAUGAUCGGUAUGUGGCUAUCUGUCACCCCCUCCAUUAUGCCACCAUCAUGAGAGGAGGGGUAUGUAUCUUGCUAGUAGCUGUAUCCUGGAUCCUCUCCUGUGCCAGUGCCCUGUCUCACACCCUUCUCUUAGCCCAACUGUCCUUUUGUGCUGACAACAGCAUCCCCCAUUUCUUCUGUGACCUUGGUGUCCUGCUCAAGCUCUCCUGCUCAGACACAUCACUUAAUGAGCUGGUCAUUUUCACAGUGGGAGUGGCAGUCAUUACCCUCCCACUAAUAUGCAUUUUGAUCUCUUAUGGCCACAUUGGAGCCACCAUUCUGAAGGUUCCAUCUGCCAGAGGGGUCUUCAAAGCCUUGUCCACAUGUGGCUCCCACCUCUCUGUGGUAUCUUUAUAUUAUGGGACAAUUAUUGGGCUUUAUUUUUUCCCCUCAUCCAGCAGUUCCAGUGAAAAGAACAUAAUUGCCUCUGUAAUGUACACAGUGGUAACUCCAUUGCUUAAUCCUUUCAUUUAUAGCCUAAGGAACAGAGACAUGAAGGGGGCCCUGGUGAAACUCUUCAACAGGGCAAAAGUCUUAUGUCAGUGA